AUGUUAUACCUGGACCAAUCGUCGACUUCACCGAGCAGGACUGAGGAAGUAGACUUUCCCCAUGACGACGCCUUGGUGAUUUCUGCUCAAUUUGCCUACGCCAUCAUUGAAAGAAUUAUGGUGGACAAUGGUAGCUCAGUUAAUAUCUUACAACUAUCAGUUAUCCAGAAGAUGGGCUUAGAAAGAACGAUUAAACAUAAAGUAGAGGUCUUGACCGGAUUCAACAGACUUACCUCAACUAUCAUUGGCAUAAUCAUGCUCGACGUAGCCAACCUUCCGGUUGUCUCAUCACAGACCUUCAUGAUUGUUAGCGAUGCAUCUCCCUAUACCGGGAUAUUAAGACAACCUUGCCUAGUGAAGAUUGGAGCUGUGACCUCGAUCGAGCAUCAGAAGAUUCGAUUUUGCAUCCCGGGAAGAGUAAUCAGAGAGAUCAAAGGCAACCAAGACAUGUCUCAGCGAUACAUUGUACAAGUUCUCAAUGAGUCAAAGAAGAAUUCUUUCACCCGAGCAGUAGCAAUUGAAGUGGAGAAAAACGAUUCUACCUUCGCUAAACAGCAAUCACAGUAG